AUGGCGCACCUUAUUCACCGUGCUGCUCCCUUGAAGCCGGAGAUAAAGCUUGCUCAGGCUCUGUCCGAGUUCGAAGCUAUCCUGCAAGACACUGACAAGCAAGAAUUCCGCUCCUUCCAAUCCGGUCAGGCGGCUGUCAUGUCAGAUGUGAUGAAGGUCACCGCAGCCAUCGACAGCAAAAACAGCCAUCGGAGGAGCCGUCGCUGCUUUGGCCCCCGUCUGACUAGCAUCUUGGAAUCCGUCCAACAAUUCUCAACCGUCGUCGACAUCAUCAUCGGCGGCUCCCAGUGCUUCCUUGCCAGCGCCAUCUGGGGUACAUUGAGGAUGACGCUGCAAAUCACGUCCUCCUUCGCGUCAUACUUUGAGGACUUGUCAGCAUUGUUCAUGAGAGUCGGACGAGGAUGCCCCCGAUACCAGGAGUAUGGUCUGUUAUACCCGAAGUCUUCAAGGUUGCAAAGGGUGCUGUGCGAAUACUUCUGCACAAUUGUCAUUUUGUGUAGGAAGGCCGUCUUGUUCAUCAGGAAACCGUUGGUUGCUCAACUCUCGUCCGCGAUCCUGAACCCUUUUCGCACGGAAUUCGGCCCGUAUGAGAGCCAAUUGUCAGAUCUGGCCGCCUCGAUUCGUGAGGAGGCCUCGCUGGCAUCGCACCACGAGCAAAGCAAUGAGGCCAAAGAAGCCUCGUCUUUUCGCACCGCCAUCUCGAGCAUAAUAGCUCCCCAAGAACUUCGAGAAGCCAGGAAAAUGAAGAGUCAGAAGAGAAAAUUGCAGAUCCUCCAUGCAUGCUCAGCUUACAACCACCAAGCUGCAUGGAAACGAGCUCGAAAAGCGGGAACGAGCGCUAGGAUCGUCGAUCAGGCCGUCUACACGCAAUGGGCCGAAGAACCUUCACCGAACGUGUUGUGGUGCAUUGGCAAACUCGGAUCAGGGAAAACUGUUUGCACGGCCAGUUUAGUGCAAGAAACAAUCAUCAGAUAUCCAGAUGCUCCUGUUGCCUACUUUUUCUGCAGUCAUGAUGAUGCAGAGUCCCUCAACGCAAGGACCAUCCUGGGCAGCCUUGUGAGGCAGUUACUCAGUUUUCUCGACCAAGAGACUUUCGAUACCAUUGCGGUCCCCGACCCAAGCACGUUCGAUGAGGAUGACAUGACGACACACCUCUUGACACUCCUUUCUGGUAGCGCCCGGCAGUUCUUCGUUCUUAUCGACGGGUUAGACGAGUGCACCGAAGGCGAAUUAGGCAAGCUGUUGGAAAGCCUGCACAGGAUGCUCCGUUCGCGUCAUUGCUUUCACCUGUUCUGUUCAAGCCGGCCUGACUUGCAUCCGAAGUAUCGUUCGAUCCUCCAGCAUCAAUACAAAGUGUCUUUGUCGGACGAAAAUCCCGAAAUCGCGCAAUACAUUGAGACCGCGCUCAGAGACCGGCUUGAAGCAGGAAGCCUCUCCAUAGGUGACCCAAGCAUAAUAUUUUCCAUCAGGGACGCUCUGCUGAAAGGGAGCCAAGGGAUGUUUCUAUGGGUUGUCUUUCAGUUGGAGUCUAUAUGCGCCGAGCUUACCGACGAAGCAAUCUUGAACGCCCUUCAGCGCUUGCCCAGAGAUUUACCGGAGACCUUCGAUCGCAUUCUUCGCAAGUUGGACCGAGAGAAAGUAUGUGACCAGGCCCUGCGCAGGAAGAUGUUCGCGCUCGUUGCCGCAGCUCAGAGACCACUGACGACAGACGAACUCCGGGAGGCAAUCAGCGUUGAACCGGGAGCGACGAAUUGGGAAUCGAAGAAAUUGGUGAACGACAUCCAGAAAGCCCUGGCAGGUUGUGGAAGCCUCGUGAUCGUCGACGAGGAGGACUUCUCAGUUCGUUUCGCCCACCACAGCGUCAUACAGUACAUCACCUCUGCGUCUGGUGAUCCGACCAUUGCCGCGUAUCACGUUCCUUGGGCAGCAGCAGAUCUGAUCAUGGGUGAGAUUUGUGUCACCUACCUCAAUUUUGGUAUUUUUGACACACAGCUCACAAGGGCCAGGAAUAGAACCACCUUGCACUCCCACACCAUGACCUCGAAUAUCGUGGGAAGUACUCUGCCUGAGACCACAGGUAGCAGUAUUGCGUUGAGGCUCUUGAAGACCCGGAGAAAGGUGGACUUCGACAUGGGAGCUUAUCUUCAGGAUGUCGCCACAGAAGCCAAGAGAUUCAAUGCAGCGGAGACCGCUCAACAUCCGUUUCUCGCCUACGCCAAAGACUUCUGGCUGUUCCAUACUCGAUGCUUUGAGCAAGGACAACAGAAAACCUACAACUUGUGGCUCCGGUUGAUAGAUGGCAACGUCCCUGUCGCCACACUUCCUUGGGCCCCGGGCCAUUGGUCUCAACUAGACGUGAAUUUUUUGAAGUGGACCGUGGAUAACAGCCAUGGUGCACUGUUAUACAGGAUCAUCGAGGCAUUUACAGCUCCAGCUCAGGACAGCGUCACUGCUAACAUCCUGGUGUUGGGCGACCUCGUUGCGAAAGCUCAUGACUUCAGGGUGGAGGGUCGAUUCUAUGGUCGGAUGCUGGUAUUGCCUGACGUGCUUCGUCACCACGAACUACUCCGGCUCAUCCUUCAACGUGGGGUGAACAGUAACGUGACAGAUCAUCGUGGAUGUUCACCUCUUUCGCUAGCAGCAAAGUUCGCUGAUCAAGAAUCAGUCAAGCUACUGCUGAGCCAGAAAGAUGUCCUGAUGCACGACAAGUGGGGAGGUAUGCAGUAUGUCUUGGGCAGGGCUGUCCAGGCAGGGUGGGUCGACAUAGUCAAGCUACUCCUAACACGGGGAGACAUCGACGUCAAUGCCGGUGUUGCAGCUGAAGGCUGGGACCCCUCCGAACACCAGGGUGGCAAUGGCCACAGUGGUGUGCCACUGUUGAUUGCUGCUUUGCAUGGGCAUCUUUUCGAGUUACUGCUUGAACAGAAUGGCCUUGACAUCAAUCGCAAAAACGGCUACGGAAAUACCGCACUCACUUUGGCUGCGGUUUACGGUCACGAGCAAAAAGUGGCGUUACUCCUGGCUCGAGACGAUAUCGACAUCAACUCAAGAAACAAUGGCGGCAUGACUGCACUCAGUGUUGCCAUUGAGUUCUGUCAGACACAUGUUGUCGAACGAUUGCUUCAUCGGAAAGAUGUCGACGUAAACUUCAAAGACGAGCAGGGAUUAACGGCCCUACAUUGGGCAAUCCUAUGUAUUCCGACCCGAGUGUUUUUUCAAUUCCACGAUAAGAAACAUAAAAUUGGGCGCGCGAUCAUCGACGGCAACGGGCAGAAUACCGCGGGGGACACAGCGCUUGAUAGUCUUCAUGAUGAUCUCCACCCAUUUGGGUCCGUGAUGAGGCUAUUGCUUGCUCGACCUGACGUCGAUGUCAACGCCAGAAACAGGGUCAUGGAAACUCCGUUGCACUUUCUGGUGCGUACGAACCAUCCGGCCGAGGUUAUGCUCAUGCUCGGGAGACAGGACAUCGACACAGAGAUGAGGGAUGCACUCGGUCGUACACCACUCGACCUGGCUUUGAGCCUAGGACACACUGAUAUUGCCGAGGCUUUGAAGGCGCACAUGGCUCGACGCAAGAGGACAGUGGAACAAUCAGAAGCCAUGUGUGUCUUAUCCCGGCCCGGAGGUCAUUUACCUUGA